CCUACAAAACAAACGUGGAUUAAAGAUAAAAUGAUUGUCUUCCGAAUAAUCUCUACAAAUAUUUUUCAUUUACCGCUGAAAAGUUUUGGGUGCGCUUUAAUAAAAUGAAACUAGUUUACAAGAAUGUUGAUAAAGAUGGAGGCGGGUCAGUCACACUUAUGCCUGAGGAGCCCGAAGACAUGUGGCAUGCCUACAACCUCAUAUCAGAGGGGGACAGUGUGCGUGCCUCGACUAUCAGGAAAGUCCAAAAUGAAUCAGCCACAGGUUCCUCGACCAGCAACCGUGUGCGCACAACACUUACUAUUACAGUCGAGACAAUUGACUUUGACACUCAGGCAUGCAUGUUGCGGCUCAAAGGGCGAAACAUUGAGGAGAACCAGUACGUCAAGAUGGGCGCAUACCAUACCUUGGACCUAGAAGUCAACCGCAAAUUUGCACUCAGUAAACCAGAGUGGGAUUCCAUUGCACUUGAACGUAUCGACAUUGCUUGUGACCCAACUCAGAACGCUGACGUUGCGGCUGUGAUCAUGCAAGAAGGCCUGGCACAUAUCUGCCUCAUCACUGCGAGCAUGACACUUGUUAGAGCCAAGAUUGACCAUGUCAUCCCUCGUAAGCGCAAAGGCAACGUAAAGCAACAUGAGAAGGGGUUGCAGAAAUUCUUUGAGAACGUGAUGCAGGGAAUUCUACGGCACAUCAACUUUGACAUAGUCAAGUGUGUGCUGAUAGCCAGCCCAGGCUUUGUGCGAGACCAGUUCUACGAGUUUAUGAUACAAGAAGCAGUCAAAACAGAUAACAAACUGUUGCUGGACAACAAAUCCAAGUUUCUGCUGGUCCACUCUUCUUCUGGAUUCAAGCACUCGCUCAGAGAAGUUCUAAUGGACCCAGUAGUGGUAGCCAAGAUGGCCGACACCAAGGCCUUGGGUGAGGUGAAAGCUCUGGAUUACUUCUACACCAUGCUGCAAACUGAGCCUGCCAAGGCUUUCUACGGACUCAAGCAUGUCGAGGCAGCCAAUGAGAGCCAAGCUGUUGAAACUCUUCUCAUCUCUGACAAUCUGUUCAGAUCCCAAGACAUCCAGCAACGGAAACGUUACGUAAACCUAGUGGACAGUGUGAGAGAUAGUGGUGGAGAUGUGAAAAUCUUCUCCAGCAUGCAUGUAUCAGGCGAACAGCUGAUGCAGUUGACUGGAGUAGCUGCCAUUCUGCGAUUCCCACUGCCUGACCUAGAAGACGAAGAAGAAGGUGAAGAAUCUGACACUGAUUAAAAUAUUACCACAGUAAACACCCUAACAGACCACCUUGGAUUGGGGCAGUGGCUAAAUAGUCAUCUGACUGAUUCAACUAGUUUGCCUAUGAAACUCUUGAAAACAUUUCAGAUGCAUUGUAACACUCCUAUAAUGCAACAUUGAUUGGAAGCACAUGUAGACUUCCAUUGCCAAUUUUUCAAGACAAGUUUUUGUGAUGAUUUGGUAAUAAAAUACCUAUCUACUUUAAAGAAAGUAUGUUUCGAACCUUAAAGGGUAGACCGCUUAAGAGGGUGUCUACUGUAGUAACCUGUUCUUUACUUGCGACCAUUUAUACCCUCAUUUUCUUUUAUAUCUUUGCCGUGAAAAGGUUAACUGAAUAUAAGGUUUUUUUUUUAUUCUGUGAGUCAAGCUGAUAGUUAAAAUCUUUUAUAAAUAUUUGCCGUAGGCCUAUGAUUGGUAAUGUUGUAAGUCAUAUUGUUUAUUAUAAAGGCUUAGUUUUGACAUUAAUUAAUCGCAACAUAACAGUUUUGUUCUGUUAGUAUCUCCAAGAGAUUUAUUCUUAUUCAAAGUUGGCAAGUUCAACUUUGUUAUCGCUAUAUUCUUAGACCACAUUGUACAGUUGACUCACAGAUUUAGACAGCCUGUUUGUUAUCCAAAAUUUUUGUUGAUACAAGAGACUCCUGAUAUCCACAUUAUAAGUGGCUGAGUGGUUGUGAAUAAUCAAAAUCUUCGAUAAAGCAAGCCUAGCUUAAAAUGCCCAGAAAAAACUCAUUUUGACUUUGAGGUUUAGGUAAUAAAAUAUUUUUAAUUCAGUAUACAUUUAAAACUUUUUUCACACAUGUCUACUUGUUAAGGUAUUAUUGGACUAAUGCCUUUACAUUAACAAUACUACAAAACAAAUUAUUGAAUAGCCUAUUUAUAGGCCUAGUAAUAACAACGAUUAAAACACACACAAGAUGUAACUUAUCAACUGAUCAAUUUGUAAUUGGUGCUACAUCGGUGGUUGGUGAAGUAAGUGGUUGGCAACUUUAUAGUCUGCCUCCUGUGUAUAAUCGGGAGUCUUCUGUAAUAUGUAGGCAAUAAUUGCCUUUGUUUUAAAAUUUUAUACAGGCAAAUAAAUUACAAAAUGUUUUCUAUCAUGUUUACGUUUCUCAGAAUACAAGGUUUAAAAUUAAGAACAAAUUCACAUUUAGGGGUUUAAAGUUUAAACCUCUUUUGAUAUUUGUUAUAUCCGACCGUAAUUUUACUGUUGAUUUUUUUUUAUUAUUUUACUGUUUAAUAUAGUAUUUAUUUGUUGAGAUUGUUAAUAUAAUUAUUUAUUCAUUUAAAAUCAUGACAGAAAGUGCUUUUCACAAUAAAUAUUCAGACUUAUUUAUUAUGAGUAUAACAGAAAAGAGCUUUAGAAUUUAUUUUGACAAAAAGCUAGAAGAAAACUGGUGUAGCAAUGUUAAUGGUAUUUAUUUAUUUAUUCACGGCUGUGUUUUGCAUAGUUUUAAAUAAUAGUUCAUAUUUAUUGAAAGUCUAAAAAAAUAACGUUCCGUUAUGAAUGAACUAUUGUCAUUUUAUUAUUUUUUUAUUCAAAUCAGUAGGGUAUACUCCUUUCACAAAAAUUAGGCGGUUUGCGGGCAAGCGAUUCCAUCCCCUCCACCUCACUUUAACUUUGAAACAACAGCCGAUAGCUGAACAGCUGAUACUCGUAUAAUAGAUUAAGCUCAAAUAAGUGAUGGGGGAACCCAGGAAACCUUCCCCUUAAACCACCUAAAUGUUGUGAACAGACUAUAGUAAAAGUGGCCUUACUGGGAAUUUGAGGAUAUCCCAGCUGUUUUUUUAGAGUAUACUUAUUUACACCAUUUGGUUUAUUUACACAACUUAUUCUUAAGUCAAGAAUUGUUUCUUAUUUUAAGUUCUUAAAACUUUUAAGCCAGCUAUUGUUGUAUUUCAGAUUUUAUUUUGUUCACUUUAAUUCACAGUAAUAACAUUGUUAUUUUUGUAUUUGUUUAUGGAUGCCAUUGGAUCGAGUGUGUAAUCAGAUAGUAUGAUAGUAAGUUAAGCAUGGUGUUGUCUAUUGUGUACUAUUUCAAACAUAAUCAAUUGUAUAUUUUGUGACUUGUAAAUCUUGUGUUAAGAAUAAAAUGUUACAAGUUGUA